AUUCCCCUCUCCUCACCGCUCAAUUCACCACAGCUCUCUGCCGCUCUUCUUUCUUCCCAUAAAACAGACAAUGGGAGGUGGCAGCGACCCCAAUCAAGACGGGUCGGACGAGCAACAGAAACGAUCAGAGAUCUACACAUACGAGGCACCAUGGCACAUCUACGCCAUGAACUGGAGCGUCCGUCGUGACAAGAAGUACCGUCUCGCCAUCGCCAGCUUCCUAGAACAGUACCCAAACCGGGUCGAGAUUGUACAGCUGGACGAAUCCAAUGGAGAGAUCCGAUCCGACCCGAAACUGUCCUUCGAGCACCCUUUUCCAGCUACCAAAACCAUAUUCAUCCCGGACAAGGAGUGCCAAAAGCCUGACCUCCUCGCGACCUCCGGCGACUUCCUGCGCGUCUGGCGCAUAAACGAUGAGCAGCCGCGCGUGGAGCUCAAAAGCCUGUUAAAUGGCAACAAGAACAGCGAAUUUUGCGGGCCUUUGACUUCCUUUGACUGGAACGAAGCAGAGCCAAGGCGAAUUGGGACAUCCAGCAUUGACACGACUUGCACCAUCUGGGAUAUCGAGAGGGAGACUGUUGAUACACAGUUAAUCGCCCACGACAAGGAGGUAUACGACAUCGCAUGGGGCGGUGUUGGGGUUUUCGCUUCUGUUUCAGCCGACGGGUCGGUUAGGGUUUUCGAUUUACGGGAUAAGGAGCAUUCAACGAUAAUCUACGAGAGUUCGGAGCCCAACACGCCUUUGGUUAGGCUGGGUUGGAACAAGCAGGAUCCGAGGUACAUGGCCACGAUAAUCAUGGACAGUGCGAAGGUUGUGGUGUUGGAUAUUCGCUACCCAACUCUUCCAGUGGUGGAAUUGCAGAGGCAUCAUGCUAGUGUUAAUGCCAUUGCUUGGGCCCCGCAUAGUUCAUGCCAUAUUUGUACUGCUGGGGAUGAUUCACAGGCGUUAAUUUGGGACCUCUCUUCCAUGGGUCAGCCUGUUGAGGGUGGAUUGGACCCCAUUCUUGCUUAUACUGCUGGUGCUGAAAUCGAGCAGUUGCAGUGGUCGUCUUCCCAGCCUGAUUGGGUUGCCAUUGCUUUCUCUACCAAGCUGCAGAUUCUCAGGGUUUGAUUGAAUUUGCUAGAAGUGCAAUUAGGUAAUGGAUUGGAGGCUUUUCAAUGUUGAGCAGCAGCAGUAAGUGUCACCUCCAUGCCAUCUGUCAUCUCACUUGUUUAUUGUUUCUCAGCACAAAAGCUUUCUGAAAUGUAGAUGACAUUGUGUAUGUGUACAUGAACUUGUGGGUUUUAGCUAAAAUGAGGCGGUUCUAUGGAUGGCAUAUGAAGAAUAUUGUUUUGGAUCAAGGUGGUGCAGCAAAUAUUUUGCCAUUUGCACAAUAACAUUGUGAAAGAACAACCUUGCGGUAGCAUCAAUAGCGAAUUAGAUGAGAGAAAUAAGGUUUGUUGGAUAUUUGCACGUUAGUUUAGUAAUUUACUGGUAGAAAGGGAGUAUACUGUGUUUUUUAUCGCAAUGGAAGGUUAUUUUGGAGAGCGCAAGGACAGGUUUUAGAAAGAGAUAAAAAGGUAAUUGGGUCACUAAAGUUUGUGGGAUUAAAUUGUUUCCCGGGUUACAUCUUCUAUGGUUUUCGGUUGCUGUUGUGGUCACUGGUUAGAACUUCUCAGGUGUCUUAUACGGAGGCAGGAGGAAAACUUCAAGACGUGUAUGCUGUUGGAAAUGUUCCUUAAGAGUCCUGCAAUUAAUAAUCUAGGGUUAAGGGUAUCUGGACCUGAUUGUGAAUUGUUUCUUCCUUCAGUUGACAGCAUAAAACUUUGUUACCAUCAAACAUUAUAAUCUGUGCCACUUCUGCUAUUGCUUUUGGCACUUGUGGA